CUUUAUCUCCCCUAGAGCUGAUGACUCGAGUUAUGGCCAAACUCGACAUUCCCAUUCCACAAUUCAUUCUCCGCCGCCGCCUGACUAUGCAGAUGGAGAUGAUGGGUGAAAACCGACAUCAGCUGAAAAUCUGCGGUGUCGAUGUCGACGGAACGCCUAUGACUUUCCUCCGCUCCGUAAAGCUUGACCAGUAUUGUAGACGAGCAGCUUGUAUAGAGCCCUUCACUAUCAGUUUUCGCAGCGACUUAGAUACAGGGACGGCACUGAAGUUAGAGUUGGAGUUUAUGGGGAACAAUGGCGAGCCAAACUUAGAGAUCAUAUACGAGUAUACAGGUGAAGCUGAUAUAUAAAUACUGUAUCUCCUUGAAUUUAACCCACAGACUGGAGAAUGAAAGACGGAAAGGCAGGAGAGUCAAAGUGUCGAUGAAGAUAACAAGCCUACACGGCGAGGGAGGUAAUAGGCUAGGCUGCACCUAGUAGCAUGAGAGAUAUCGAGCUAGAUACAUUACGCAUAGCAUCACCAACUAUCGGGUAAAGAACAUUAAAUCUUAAUUCAUACCCUCAAAAGCACGCCUAACGCCUCAUAUCCCAAUGAAAAUAAACCCAUACCCAGCAGUCCUUAUACCCACAAGAUAGAAUCACUUCGAGCCAUACUCCUCAUACACCCCCCGCCGUCCCAACACCC